AUGACGCUUGCACAUGCCUUGUUUAUUGCAGCAUUGCUUGCCACCGCAAGCAACGCCACAUCCUCCUUUGAUGGAAGUCGUUACCUCUGGUACACAAAACCAACAACAGAAUGGGAACAGGGCGCUCUUCCGAUCGGCAAUGGACGACUCGGGGGAACUGUUUGGGGAGGUGCAAACGAAACCCUCACCAUCAAUGAAGAUACCAUCUGGUCCGGUCCUAUCCAAGACCGAACUCCUCCCAACGCCUUGGCGACCCUACCUGUGGCUCGUAAGCUGUUUCUCUCUGGCAAAAUUACCGAAGGCGGCCAGCUUGUGUUGAGGGAGAUGACCCCGGCCGAGAAAUCCGAACGUCAGUUUGGAUAUUUCGGCAAUUUGGAUCUUGACUUCGGACACAGCGGUAACUUGGAGAACUACGUGAGGUGGCUUGACACAAAGCAGGGUAACUCGGGCUCCUCGUACGCUUUCGACGGAGUUAACUUCACGCGGGAAUUCGUCGCGAGCUACCCAGCUGGGGUGCUCGCCGCUCGUUUCACUUCCAGUGAGGAAGGUGCUCUCAACCUCAAGGCUAGCUUCAGUCGACUGGCAAACAUUUUGGUCAAUGUUGCAUCCACUGCAGGCGGCGUCAACUCAGUGACCCUGAUGGGCUCUAGCGGACAGCCUCUUGAUGAAAACCCAAUUUUGUUUACUGGUCAGGCUCGUUUCGUGGCACCGGGAGUAGCCAAGUUCGAAAACGAUGGUCCCGUUCUCAGGAUCACGGGAGCUACGGCCAUUGACCUGUUCUUCGACGCAGAGACUAAUUAUCGCUUCGCGUCUCAGGACGAAUGGGAGGCUGAGAUUGAUCGCAAAUUGAACGCUGCACUGACCAAGGGUUAUUCAGACCUAAGGGAUGAAGCCCUCAAAGACUCCAGCAGCCUUCUUGGACGGGCCUCGAUUGAUCUUGGCAAAUCACCGCGAGGACUUUCUGCGUUACCCACGGAUGAGAGAGUGGCCAUAGCCCGGAAUGAUUCAAGUGAUGUUGAGCUGUCCACUCUCGCUUGGAAUCUCGGCCGCCACAUGCUCGUUGGAGCCUCACGAAACACCGAAGCCGAUAUAGAUAUGCCCGCGAAUCUCCAGGGCAUCUGGAACAACAAAACCACGGCUGCUUGGGGCGGAAAGUAUACUAUCAAUAUCAACACCGAGAUGAAUUACUGGUCUGCCGGUCCAACGAAUCUGAUCGAGACACAAGAGCCUUUGUUUGACUUGAUGAAAGUGGCCAACCCAAGAGGCAAAGCCAUGGCGAAGGCCAUGUAUGGCUGUGACGGCACAAUGUUUCACCACAAUCUGGACGUUUGGGGCGACCCGGGUGCGACUGACAACUACACAUCUUCUACCAUGUGGCCCAUGGGCGCCGCAUGGCUUGUACAGCAUAUGGUGGAUCAUUACCACUUCACGGGUGACAAGACAUUCUUAGCAGACGUUGCCUAUCCCUUUUUAAUCGACGUGGCUACGUUCUAUGAGUGUUAUACCUUUGAACACGAGGGUUAUCGAAUCACAGGUCCUUCGCUGUCACCAGAGAACACUUUUGUCGUCCCGAGCAAUUUCAGCGUGGCUGGUCGCUCGGAGCCAAUGGAUAUCGACAUACCCAUGGACAAUCAGCUCAUGCACGACGUUUUUAGUGCAAUCAUCGAGGCGGCGGACAUCUUGGGAAUCGAUGAUACCAACCAAGACCUGAAGAAGGCUAAAGAUUUCUUGCCUCGCAUCAAGCCUGCGCAGAUUGGUUCCAAGGGCCAGAUCCUCGAAUGGCGCUAUGAAUACAAAGAAUCGGCGCCUAGUCACCGUCAUCUUUCACCUUUAUACGCUCUGCAUCCUGGAAAAGAAUUCUCGCCAUUGGUCAACGAAACGCUGUCCGAGGCCGCUCAGGUUCUACUGGACCGUCGCAGGGAUGCGGGAUCAGGAAGCACAGGGUGGAGUCGCACAUGGAUGAUCAAUAUGUACGCACGAUCGUUCAGGGGAGCGGAUGCAUGGGAACAGGUGAAGGGUUGGUUCGCUACGUUUCCCACCGCGAACUUAUGGAACACAGAUAAGGGAUCGACAUUCCAGAUUGACGGAAACUACGGUUUCACAAGCGGUAUCACGGAAAUGUUGCUUCAAAGCCACACGGGGACUGUGCAUAUUCUUCCUGCUUUACCAGGUCAAGCCGUGCCAACGGGUAGUGCGAAGGGAUUGGUCGCAAGAGGCAACUUUGUUAUUGAUGUCGAAUGGGAGAAUGGUGCCUUCAAGAGAGCAGGUAUUACAUCGAAAACUGGAGGUUUUGGAGAUUACGCCAGCUUGAACUAG